AUGAAGGUCACUAUCAAAGAGUGGAAUGCCGUCGCCACCUGGCGCUGGGAUAUGCCCGACGAUGAGGUCUGUGGCAUCUGUCGCGUUCAGUUUGACGGGACGUGUCCGACCUGCAAAUUCCCGGGGGAUGAUUGCUCUUUACUGCUGGGAAAAUGCGGCCAUUCCUUCCAUAUGCACUGUCUGAUGACCUGGAUCCAACAAGAAUCCUCCAAGGGACUAUGCCCGAUGUGCCGACAGAAAUUCGAAUGGAAGCAGAACGAGGAGUGA